AUGUGGUUUUCUUGUUUCAGGUGAUGGGUAACAGAGACGUACACACGGCCAGUGAUUUGGACUUGUACCUGGAGGACUAUGGCUCAGGCGAUGGUCCGGACUUGGUGGAGGGGCCUGGAUUGACCCAUAUCGAUCAUGAGGGUUCAGGACACGGUAGUCGGGAUCACCCUUACGGCGCCACCUACGAUGACACGGAAGAUGAUGACUACUACGAUGAAUACGAUGCUAGAUAUACCCCCGAUGAUGAUGACUCAUUCCACGAAGGAUCCGGUACAAUGAUCAUUGACGACGACGACGAGUUAGACGACCUCCCAGACCAGGCUGAUAUUACUGAGGUUAUAGAGGAGAUUAGUGUCGAAGAGCGUCCCACAGUGGAAGAGCUACCCCCUACUACUCCACCACCGACCCUCACCGACAACAGCGACAUGGACAGUCCCAUUCAGAUCCACACCACCAAGACAGACGACCGCCAGGUGUCCAUCUUCGCCCAGCCUGGCAUCCUCGCAGCAUUCAUUGGUGGUGCAGUCGUGGGACUUCUAUGUGCCAUCUUGCUGGUCAUGUUCAUUGUCUACCGCAUGAGGAAGAAGGACGAGGGUUCGUACCCCCUGGACGAACCCAAACGGAUGCCACUCACCUCAUCCUAUUCUCCCAAUGACAAGGAGAUCUAUGCCUAACUCCCUCCAUACCCGGAGUACCAACUGUAGCAGGGGAGGGAAAUCUUGGCAUCCUUAUCCCUACCAUCCUUGAGUAUUUAGUGGAAGAUGAACAGAAUAUCAACGGUACUUCCCACCACCACCACCACCACCACCACACCCACUGUACUGUACCACUACUGUGUAUGUCAAGGAGGAGGGAAUUCAAAUAAUCCCAGACCCUACCAUGUAGGGGACCAUAUUAGGACAAACUAAUUUUAUAGAAAUUUACAAUCAAUUAUAAAUAUAAAUUUUACCCCUUAAAUUCCCUCUCCUCCAAUCUCUGAGGAAGAUGUUUAUGGGAUGCGCAUUCAGUCAGUCCCUUGAUUGUCAUGGAAUUGGUUAUCUAGAUUAUUUUUAGUCCAGCUUAACAUCUUUUUCUUUUUUAUGUUUAAUUCACCAUUUAUACCUGGAUACUGUAAAUUAUCCACUGAACAAAUGCCAGCAUUUAAUAUUCAGAAUAAAAAGAUUCUGGUUAACCAAGGCCUUGAUUAUCAAUAUACUGUACUGUAUUGCACUAUUUUGGGACCCAAAGUGUGGAAUAUUAACAUCAUAUCAACACAACCAUUUUGAUGAUGCUUAUUAUAGCAACUGACCCAUGAGGUGGAGCUGUGAAUAUCAUAUUUGUUAUGGUUCUAACUUUACCAUUAAAGAGUUCAUUGAUUAUUCAUACUGCCAGCCUCCAACUGGCUCCAUGCGAGCUCAAAAAACAGGGUAGGGAAAUAAGUUCAUCUUGGUUAUGUGCACAAAAGCUUUCAGUUGGGAACCAGGAAACUGGUUUUUACAGAAGUCCUUUGGGAAUGAGGACGUAUCCUAAUAUUAGGUUAGGGAUUGAGCUUUUUAGCUGUUUCCCUGUGGGGCCACUUUUUGUAUUGGAGAUAUUUAGACCUUGUAAUUCUUCCAUUAAUGUUUUCUUCAAUUUUGCCUAGAGACAUAUUUUCAUCAAACAUUUCUCUCAGAAGAAUAACACUCACUAAUAUUAUUACAUCAUAAUCUAACUGCUUUUCUUUAACAUAUGUUAUGCUGGUAUUAGUUAUUUACAUAUGUGCUACUGUAUCACCAAGAAGGAUAUCUAUAUGCUUUGUAAAUGUAACAGUGUGAGAGCUGCACCAGUCUUAUUUAUGCUCUCAACUAACUCCCUAACAUCUGUGUUUGAACAAAAUGUGAAUCUAGCUUUCUACCAUCCUCGAGGACUUGGGAGCUAUUAGUAUAUUACCACAUAAAGUAUGGAACUCUAAAUGGAUAAUUACUCAAGGGUUCUACUUUAUCCCCAGUAUAGAAAAGUUGGUUUUAUUCAACACUAAUUUUAGUGUGUGUUUAUAUUUUUUAAUAUAAAGUUUCUUCUUUCCUUUUGAUAGGCAUUUGCAAUAUAUGAUCUUAGAGAAUGGGUCUUAUUAAGGGAAAUUCCUGCCUUAUUGUAAUAAUGUUUUACUCUGUGAAUGUGAUGGUCUUGACCCAGUCAUAAAUUGUAUGACUUCAAGGUUAGAAACAAAAUAUUUUGUGAGAUUGUGAAGGAUUUUUUUGAUAUUUGAUAUUACUUUCUAUAUUAUCUAAAUAGUUAACACCUUCAUUCAUCAUUUGUAAUGAGCACAGUAGUAGUUAGGUUAACAGCAGGAUUGCUUGUUGUGCUAGGGUUGCCCGGCUUAUCUCUUACCUUAGGCAGAGGCUGUUCUGAUGGACUCUGGUGCCGUUCAGGGCUUGUCUGGCCAGAUGGGCCUUCGGCUUGGGCCGCCCAGUAUCGGUACCAUUGUCACCCACAGCGUGUGGAGACUGCACAGUGCUAUUCUGGGGCUAUCCUAGCUUGACUCCCAUCAUUGGUGACCAGGCUGGCCUUGCUUGACUAGUUUUGUGGUCCAUCUACCUGGCUUGAUUGAUAUGCUCUGACUGCCUAGCUAAUCAUGGCAGUUUUAAAUGGGCUGUUAAACACCCAUAUUGGGACUUGCUUGCCUGACAAAGUAUAAUGCAGUUGUGGUUUUGGAUUGGGUAAUUGUGCUCAAUUGUAAUAAAAACUUAAUAGAAUGUGAAGGUGAUAAAAAUAAUUAAAAAUAUAUAUUUUGUGUAUUUUAUUUACUCAAAGGAGAAUCAAACUCGUUUUUUAAUGUGUUUUAGUUAAGUGCGGUAAAAAAAUAUAGACCAGCAUAUGCAGUUGGGAUGGGGAGGUGACAUAAUCACACACACAAGCAAUAAUAAGUAAAUUAAUAGCCAGGAGUCACACAAAAAUAACUCGGUAUUGUUACAUGAACUUUUCAGUGUCAAACUUAAUAACAAAACUCCAGCAGAGUGUGCAUGAUCCAUCAGAUGAAACAAAGAUUGACUAAGAGUAAGACCUUCAGUUUCCUGGAUAUGAAAUUUUACUACUAAGAAACUCGCAGUUUAUAUGGCUAAUAGAUUUUUACACUUGACCAUUGAAUGUGCACUUUGUCUGGCUACCGUAGACAGUUUUGACUUGACGAAAAAAUCUGUAGUUUGUCUGGCAAAUAAUUAUUGGUACUCAUUAUAUACCACUAAUAGGACUUAGCCAGUGGCACAGUGGAUUUCUAAACAGAGGGUUCACUUGGUUAUAUUUAUUUUACAAACAUUAUGGAAUGUUUAAAAUAUUUUCACCAUUUGAAUAUCGGUUAAGUUUUAUAGCGUAAUAUUUUGCUUUGAUCUGAAUGGGUUGUUUGAGCUUCUGAAUGAAAAAAAAAAAAGGCCUCCUCCCAUUUUUUCCCCAAGAGGCAGAGUUACCAUGUAGAGUAGUGUAUAAGCUACAGGAAAGAGUUAUUAUAGACCAGCAACAAUGGAGGAGCAACUCACUGACAGGAAUGAUGCAUUUAUACCAAUGGGAGGAAGUAUGGCUGUGGAAAUCACAUUCUGUUCAGCUGUAAGCUGCUAGAACUGUACUUGCAAGUGUGUGUCUCUCCCACCACCAAGCCCUGCUGAGUGUAUCAACUGAUGGACAAUCAUCCCAUUAAAGAAAAUAAUAAUAGAAAAAAAAAAAUCGCAGUCUGAAAGAACCAAAACAACUUUUUUUUAAGAAAGAAAUUUGUUUCCCUUGAUUUUAAUAAUUGCUCCAUCAAAAACCACUAAAAUAUUACCAACAUUCAUUAUAUUUCCAACAGUAGUAAUUAUUGAUUACUGAAACCCAUUUGUAAAUUUGUGCACAGGCCAAAACAAGGUGAGAGGGAGGCCCUGAGCAAGUUAGAGUAACUGCUCUGCAUACACACACACACACACAUACAUACAUACUCACACUCGUUUUUGUCACUUUUAUAACUCAGUUGUCUCCUGUGGGUUAUCAGUAAGUGCCAUCUCGGCCCAAGUAUUGACUGGUGCAGUGUGUUCCAGAUCUUGUGGGAGGUUUGGUAGAUACUGUGCUGGCUGGAGGUUCAUGUAUGUAUUACUCUCAACUAACCAACUAACUAGCAGUCACCUUAUUAAUGUGUUGUACUGCACAACUGUUUUAUAAUAUGUCUGUUCCAGUCCAAUCCGAACCUUUAGAUUUAGCCAGGGCGUCUCGGGGGAGAGUUUUCCAUUGAUCAAGUGUGCCAAGAGUUUUAAGUAUAUUGUCUUCUCUUCAUUCAUAUUAUUUAAGAUUUUACAAGGAACAAUCCAUUUUAGUUAUUUUUGCCUUUAAUUUACAAGCUUCUGGAUUCUAAGUAAUAUUUUCUGGUAAUUUCUAAUGUUUUUAUGUAGAAGCAGUUGUCACAUUGUAUGGGUCAUCAACUCAAAAUUGAAGGUUAUUGAAACUAUAGAAACCAGAAGCUCUCAGGUAAUCAAACAUUCAAGUUUUCAGUCACUGUAAUUAGGUUUUUUCUCUCUUCACUGAAGGUGAUAACUCACCAGUCCCUUCAGUGUCUCAGCAAGCAAUGUGAAGAAUCCGUCAUAGUUUUUCACUACAGGAACUUCAUCCAUAAGAACAAUAAAAAACUUGGCAGGAUUCUGUUAUUUGAACUGUAUGUGUACAAAUGUGGUGAGAUCAACAAGCAAGUCAUGUAGGUCACUAUAAGGCUUUUCUCUUGUGUAUAUCAGCAAGAAACAGGGAGUCCUAGAAGAGACCUUCCACUGACUUGAGUGUGACUGAUCCUGUCAGAGAUAAGUAUCAACUGGGGACUCUUUGGUGUCACUCGCUCAGCUUCAUAACCACCUACCUGCACUCGCCUUAAUGAUGCCACUUUUUUUUUUCUUUUACAUGGAGAAGCUGAAUUCCAGUAGUAGUUCCCAACACAUGGUGUAUAGUUUCUAUUUUUAUUACAUUGAUAGUAGUGAAAGAUCUUUUAUGUUUCAAAUUUGGUAUUAAAAAUGUCACACUUGCAGUUAUUUUUAAUAGCAUAUGUCACUAUUGUAUAUAGCUUCAAUGGGUGAAACCACAGAUGAGAAAUUUGUAAUGGUGAUAGCCAAAGAUGCAACUUGGUAGGAAGAUGAAGAUGUGUGUGUUUGAGGGAGUGGAGUAUCACCAAGGUGUUGUCUUGCUGAGGGAGCUGACCAGUGGCUGUGUCAGCUGAUCUGAGCCUCCGCUAGCAUUAGUCACAGCGACUAUUUUUUCUCGUUUUACAGUAGGAAUUAACGACCACAAUAUUUUAGACUUACAUCAGCUGACUCUGUCACAAAUAUGUGUAUAGUAUUUUGUAAAGGUGAGUUUGGGUCACAAGGAUGUAGGUGGUCCCCAGUCUAACUCAUUAUGGCAGAUGAUCAUUAUGAGCGCGGGGCAACUGCUGCCGCUGCUAACUCUUGAAUACCAUAAUAUGUGAUUGAAUUUCCAAACUUCUGUAUAAUUUGCUGUAAUGUAAAUUAAUAUUUGGUAAAAGUUGCAUGGUAAAGUUUAUAAAUGCUCUUGAGUGGUAUGUGUUGCCAGAGAUGUUGCUCCCACAAUCGAUCAAUCUUGAGUGGUAGCAAGGAGUUGUCCACCGCCUAUUUGUGAUCCUACGCCUCAUGUCAUAUUGUAAACUGUAUAUUAACGUUCAUACUGAUAUCCUUUCCUAGACUGUUCAUCUAUACGGGGUCCUUUUGUACUUGUAUGACUGACAACCAUAGAGUAACAUGUGUUCAGUAAGUAGUACUUGGAAAAAUAAAUCAUUUAUGGA